AUGGACCCUCCGCCGCCGAUGGGUGCUCCACCUGGGGUGGGUGCGCAAUCGGCUCCGUCGUCAGUCGCCGGAGCUCCAGCUCCGACAUCCGCCGAUGCUUGUCUCUCGAUAGUUCACAGCUUGAUGUGUCAUCGACAAGGUGGCGAAAGCGAGAGCUUCGCGAAAAGAGCAAUUGAGUCACUGGUGAAAAAACUGAAGGAAAAAAGGGACGAGUUGGAUUCACUCAUCACGGCGAUCACCACCAACGGUGCUCAUCCAUCGAAAUGCGUCACCAUUCAGAGGACUCUCGACGGCAGGUUACAGGUUGCUGGUCGAAAGGGUUUUCCACAUGUCGUCUACGCUCGCAUAUGGCGAUGGCCAGAUUUACACAAGAACGAGCUGAAACACGUGAAAUAUUGUCAAUUCGCCUUCGACCUGAAGUGUGACUCCGUGUGCGUGAAUCCUUAUCACUACGAAAGGGUGGUCUCACCGGGGAUAGACCUGUCGUCCCUUUCUCUACAAGUGCCAAGCACCUCGGCUGCUCCCCCUGAAUCGUCUGUCGUGAGUCACAGCGGCCACGACGACGGGAUCGUCAAAAACGAAUACUACACUUCUUCAGGCGGUGCAAACUCGGGCGGGUACCAUGCGGCACCCCAAAACCGGCAAAACCCCUUCCUCGUCGGGGGGCAGGCCGAAGCUAGAGUAUCCCCGACUGGACCAGGUUACUCGAAUGGUGCCUGGAACGGACCUCCUGGGCCAGGGAAUGCCGCCCCGGGUGGCAGUACUCUGCAGUACAUAGGAGAAGAGGCGAGACAAUUUUGGCAGGGCCAAACUUCCGCACCCGCGACUGAAAUUGUUCCACCUGUCCUCUUAAGUAGUCAGCCCGCCCCCGAGUUCUGGUGCAGCAUCGCGUAUUUCGAACAGGACCAACAGGUUGGCGAGACCUUCAAAGUCCCCUCCGCGUAUAGCUAUGUGAUCGUGGAUGGUUACGUGGAUCCGUCCGGCGGCAGCAGGUUUUGCCUCGGAGCUUUGUCAAACGUCCGAAGGAGUGAGUUAUCUGAGCGAGCUCGUCUACACAUCGGCAAAGGAGUCCAGCUCGAUGUAAAAGGCGAGGGCGAUGUCUGGCUCAGAUGCUUAUCGGACCACUCAGUCUUUGUCCAAAGCUAUUAUUUAGAUAGGGAAGCCGGUCGACAGCCUGGAGACGCAGUGCACAAAAUUUACCCGUAUGCAUACAUCAAGGUUUUUGAUCUGGCGCAGUGCCAUUCCCAAAUGCAAGCUCAAGCACAAACGGCGCAGGCAGCCGCAGCAGCUCAAGCAGCCGUCGUGGCAGGCCAUAUAGGCGGACCGGUCGCCCCGGGUCAAGGGGGUGGUCUAGCACCUGCGAUCUCAUUGUCAGCGGCAGCUGGCAUCGGUGUAGAUGAUCUGCGACGUCUCUGCAUUUUAAGACUCAGUUUCGUCAAGGGAUGGGGACCCGAUUAUCCCCGGGCUUCAAUCAAACAAACUCCUUGCUGGAUAGAGCUGCACCUGCAUCGAGCCCUGCAGCUGCUCGACGAAGUUCUGCAUAGUAUACCGCGAUCCCCCGGUCAAGGCGAAUAG